AUGAUGCACUCUCGUACCAACCUGGCUACCGGAAUCCCCAGUAGUAAAGUGAAAUACUCAAGGCUCUCCAGUACAGAGGAUGGCUACAUUGACCUUCAGUUUAAGAAAGGCCCUCCUAAGAUUCCAUAUAAGGCCAUUGCACUUGCUACGGUGCUGUUUUUGAUUGGUGCCUUUCUCAUUAUCAUAGGCUCCCUCCUGCCGGCAGGCUAUAUCAGCAAAGGGAUUUUUUCCUAUGAGUGGGUAGACUGGGCCGUUCCUGUCCUGAUCAUUGGCAUCCUGGUGUCCCUGCAAGGAUUUUACCACCUGCGCAUCGCCUGCUAUGUACCCAAAGGCUACUGGGGACACUCCUACGAUGACAUGCCAGACUUUGAUGACUAG